UCCACAUACACUGUUGAGCGACCACCCAGGGCGACUGCCUGAGAGCAGGCAGCGAUGGAAUCAACGGUGCUGAGCCUUGGCAAGUCCGUGCUGAGUGGAGCACUUGGUUACGCCGCCUCCGCCGUGGCGCAGGAGGUCGCAUUGCAGCUCGGCAUCCAGGGUGACCACAGCUUCAUAACAGACGAGCUGGAGAUGAUGCAGGCUUUUCUGAUGGCUUCCCAUGAGGAUCAAGAAGGCAACAAAGUGGUCAAGACCUGGGUGAAGCAAGUUCGCGAAGUGGCCUACGACGUGGAGGACUGCCUUCAAGAUUUCGCUGUUCGAUUAGAGAACUUAUCUUGGUGGCACAUCCCAUUCAGGCUGCUAGACCGACGUCGUGUAGCUGAGGAGAUGAAGGAGCUCAGAUUAAAGGUGGAGGAUGUUAGCCAGAGGAACCUGCGCUAUCGCCUCAUCGAAGGCUCUAGUUCUAAGCCUACUGUCACUGCUGAGCGAUCUACCAUCAGCACUGAGGUCCUACUUCACAUCGCUGAAGCGACACGACGCGCCGCGCUGCAGCAAAACAAAAAGGUAGAUCUUGUCAAGCUGAUCACCGAGGAUGCAGAUGACCUUGGGGUGAUUGCAGUGUGGGCACCAAGCAGCGAUGUUGGGGUGACAUCUAUCAUCAGGGCUGCCUAUGAUGCUAAGAAUGUAAAAGUUAAGUUUCAGUGCCGAGCCUGGGUGAGGCUGAUGCAUCCCUUCCAUCCAAGUGAUUUCUUUAUCAGUUUGGUGAGGCAGUUUUACAUGCAUUCAUGUGAAGAAACAGGAAAAGCAACAGAAGGAACAACCACGGGGAUGGAGGUUACAAAGAAGAUGGCAGCGCAAGAUAAUUUGGUUGAUGAGUUUAAUCGGUAUGUAACCCAGAAGAGUUACCUGGUUAUCAUUAACAAUGUAUCAACCAUAGAAGAGUGGGACUGGAUUAAAACAUAUUUCCCAAGCAAGAGGGGGAGUAGAAUUAUUGUGUCCACACAGAAAUUUGAAGUUGCAAGCUUGUGCACUAAACAGCCUCACAUGGUAUCAGAGAUAGACCAAAAAUGGUCAUUUGAUAAGGACUUUUAUGUCUUCUACUACACGAAGGUGGAUACCUUGAUUAAAGAGGAUGACAAGGCCAAGCCCAUCUCAACUGAACCCGCUGGGGAGGAACAUGUAAAUAAUCCUACUCACGCCACUACAGUGGCAGCUGCUUCGGAGGAAGAUGAACUUAUCGACCGCAAGGCAGCAAAAAAUACAGUAAUCAGAUUAAUUGAUCAACGUGGUUAUGUGAUCACCAUUUGUGGAAUGGGUGGUAUUGGCAAGACUACUCUUGUGAGAGAUCUCUACCAACAAGAACUUGGUGAAAUGUUUCAGAGACACGCAUGGUUAACCAUGUCGCGAUCUUUUGAACAUCACGAAUUUCUUAGGGAGUUGUUCCGAAAAUUACGCCGCGAAGACACAAAAAAGGCUGGCAAAUUGCAGAGUGCGUCAAGUGAAAAAGAACAUAAAUCCAAAGAAAAGAAAAAACAAAUUCUGUUUGAAAAACUAGCGAAGAUUUUGUUGGAGCAGAAAUGCCUCAUCGUUUUGGACGAUCUAUCAUCCACUGUGGAACUGCAGUGGGUAUUGGACCUCUUGCCUGUAAAUACUCCUAACCGGAUCGUAGUUACCACGCGAGAAUUGGACAUCGCUAAAUACUGUUCCUUGGAGGAGCAAAUAUACAACCUGGAAUUGUUAGAUUGCAAGGAAUCUAACCUCCUCUUCGCAAAGAAGGUCUUCAAGGAUAUUAGGGAGAAGGAAAAUUUUGAUCAUAAUCCGGACAUGAUUGAGCAAGCAAAUCUUGUACUUAAGAAGUGUGGUGGCCUCCCUCUUGCUAUAUCCAUUGUAGGCAGCUUUCUUGCAACCAAACCUAAAACAGCCAUGGAGUGGAGCAAUCUGAACACACAUAUUAGUGCUGAGCUUGAGAGCAAUCCAGAGCUUGGGAUGAUAAAGACAGUCCUCACCUCAAGCUACGAUGGUUUACCUUAUCAUCUUAAGUCUUGCUUCUUGUAUUGGUCAAUAUUUCCUGAAGGGCAUGACAUUAGAUGGACACGACUGGUGAGACGGUGGAUUGCGGAGCAAUACGCAAGAGGAACACGAAACAAGACUGCAGAAGAGAUUGGGAAUAACUACAUUACUGAGCUUAUUAACAGAAACAUGGUGCGACCACCAAAGAGGACAGCCCAUGUGCACAGUAGUGGGAGGCUUGGUUUUUUGCAAAUCCAUGAUCUCAUCCGUGAAAUUGGAAUCACAAAGUCCACAGAGGAAAACCUUGUUUUUACAAUAGAGAAUGGUUGCAACUUAGAUACCCAGGGAAAAAUUCGUCACCUUGCUAUAAGCAGUAGCUGGACAAGAAACAAGACUGCAUUUGAGCAUGGACUGGACUUUUCUCACUUAAGAUCAUUAACAGUAUUUGGAGGGUGGGAAUCAUUUUUCAUUUCUGAGCAGAUGAAAUUGCUCAGAGUGCUAGAUCUGGAAGACACAAUGGGUCUAACAGACAACCACCUCCAUCAAAUUUGUCAGCUUUUUCACCUGAACUAUCUUUCCCUGCGAAGAUGUGAAGGGAUUUUACGGCUGCCAAAUUCAUUGGGUAACCUGAAGCACCUACAGACACUGGAUGUCGAAGACACAAGCAUAAUAAAUCUUCCAAGAUCAAUAAUCAAGCUUCGGAAGCUACAGUACCUCCGUGUGGGCUUUGUACCAGAGGAUGAUGACGAGAAACAAGAAUCUACUGAUGGUUUCCACCACAUCCAUCGCUGGCUGAAUUAUUUAUCUUUUCACUUGUACCCCCGGACUGGUUGCUUGUUCUUGUGCUACCGCAGCCUGUAUUACUUACUAGCCAGCCUCCUCUGGCUGUUCAUCAUCACAGGAAACUUGUUGUAUCUCAUAGGGAAGUUCUCACGAGUAUAUGUGAAAGAGGAUUUCAGUGGGCUGUCAGCCUCCUUUAUGGGGCUAGAACCACAUGGUGUCAAAUUUCCGAGAGGAAUCAGGAAACUGAAGGCAUUGCACACAAUGGGUGUUGUCAAUAUCAAUGGGGGAAAUGCUAUUCUUGAAGAUCUUCAAUUUCUCACAGAGUUGCGCAAGUUAAGAGUGACUGGUCUCAACAAGAAAAACUGUAUGAAGUUCUUCUCAGCCAUUGCCAAUCACAAAUGCCUAGAAUCCUUGUCAAUGCGGUCGGAGGGGAAGCCUGGUUUCUUUGGCUGCUUGGGGGACCCAUCCUCGCUUCAUAUGAACCUUCAGAGCCUCGAGUUGUAUGGUAACCUAGUGGAAAUGCCAAAAUGGAUCGAUGGGCUGAAAAAUCUCGUGAAGCUGGUGCUACGCAGCUCCAGGAUAUCUGAGCACGAUGUUGCUAUGCAGAUCCUCGGAAAGCUGCCCAACCUGGCCAUCCUGCGUCUGUUGUGGCAUUCAUUCGAAGGUGAAGAGGUCUGUUUCAGUUUCCAUACGGGGGCAUUCCCGAGCCUGAUGGUGCUGGAGCUGGGUGUCCAAGAUAACCUACAAUCAGUGAAGUUUAAGGCAGGAGCAAACCCUAAGCUUGAGCUGCUGGUGUUCAGUUGCCGUCCUGAAGAUGCCAACAUUGGGUUGUUUUCUGGGCUACCAUCGCUCACAAGCCUCAAGGAAUUUAUGCUGGAUAGCGACAACUACACGAUAGAAUUCAUGGAGAACCUACGUAACCAGCUUGCCAGGAAUUUAAAUGGACCCGUCUUGAAGAGGUACAACUACAGCUCCUAGGAGCAGUAUUGAGGCUAUUCCGUGGUCUAUAUGUCUUCCCCCUUCUCUGUGUUGAGAUGACUUUGUUGGUUGUAUUAAUUUCCAUCCCUACUAUGAUGGUGUCGGGAAUCCGCCGCUGAACCAUUUGAACUGUUUCUCGUCGUUCUCACAAAAAUAAUUGCCGUUCUUUGUUGUCC